UAUCGCCCCUGCCAACUAGCAGCCGCCGACCCGAGUACCCGAUCGAUCCCCAGACGCGGCGGCUGCUACUGCUGCUGCCCCGCUUGAUUUCCCUUCCCCAUGGCCGGCGACCGCGAGGAGGACGAGGAGGGGGAGGGGGUGGCCCUGGCGCCGCGCCCGGCCACGGCGACGGAGCGGGUGGCCAAGGCGGUGGACGCCGCCACGACCUGCUCCACCGCCGGGGAGUACCGCAACGCGUACAAGCGGCCGUUGCUGGCGCUGUCCCGCAGGAUUCGCCUCCUCGGCCCCUUCGCCGAGGAGCUCCGCGAGCGCCGUGCCCCUGCGGAGAAGGAAGAGGAUGGGGAGGAGAAGACGCUGGCGCCGCUCGCCGACGCGCUGGAGAAGGCGCUCGACCUGCUCCGGCUCGGCCGCGAGGGGAGCAGGAUCUCCUUGGUUUUUGAGAGGGACAGGGUAAUGAAGCAAUUUCAGGAAGUAAUUGCUCAGUUGGAGCAAGCAUUGUGCGAUUUUCCGUGCAAUGAACUGGAUAUAUCAGAUGAAGUUAGAGAGCAGGUUGAGUUAGUGCAUGCACAGCUCAAAAGAGCAAAAGAACGGGUUGAUAUGCCGGAUGAUGAGUUCUACAAUGACUUAUUAUCUCUGUAUAACAAGACCUAUGACCCAAGUGCAGAACAGGCUAUCCUUGAAAGGUUGUCAGAAAAGCUACACCUGAUGACUAUCAUUGAUCUCACACAAGAAUCACUUGCUCUGCAUGAGAUGGUGGCAUCCGGUGGUGGCCAGGAUCCAGGAGAGCAUAUUGAGAAGAUGUCAAUGCUACUGAAGAAAAUCAAGGACUUUGUGCAAACCCGCAAUCCUGAGAUGGGCCCUCCUAUGGUUUCCACAGUAAUGGAUUCCAAUGGGGAACAGAAAUCUAUAGCCGUUCCUGAUGAAUUCCGGUGUCCAAUUUCCCUCGAGCUAAUGAAAGAUCCAGUUAUUGUUGCUACUGGCCAGACGUACGAGCGGACAUGCAUCGAGAAAUGGCUAGCAUCUGGUCACCAUACAUGCCCAACUACACAACAAAGGAUGGCGAACACGACAUUGACACCAAACUAUGUCCUUAGAAGUCUCAUCUCUCAGUGGUGUGAAACGAAUGGGGUUGAACCGCCCAAGCGCUCAUCCCAGCCUGACAAACCGACACCGGUAUGCUCUCCAAGUGAACGUGCUAACAUUGAUGCUCUUUUAACCAAGUUAUGCUCUCCAGACCUGGAGGAGCAAAGGUCAGCUGCUGCAGAGCUUCGCCUCCUAGCGAAGCGGAACGCUCACAACCGACUUUGUAUUGCUGAGGCUGGUGCAAUUCCCUUACUAUUGAGUUUGCUCGCCUCAUCUGACUUGCGGACUCAGGAACAUGCUGUUACUGCACUUCUGAACCUCUCCAUACAUGAGGACAACAAGGCAAGCAUCAUGUCCUCUGGUGCUGUGCCAAGCGUUGUCCAUGUGCUGAAGAAUGGCAGCAUGGAGGCCCGGGAAAAUGCUGCAGCCACACUUUUUAGCCUCUCUGUGGUUGAUGCAUACAAAGUGAUUAUCGGGGGAACAGGGGCUAUCCCUGCCCUUGUAGUGUUGCUAAGCGAGGGCAGCCAGCGGGGAAAGAAGGACGCGGCAGCAGCCCUCUUCAACUUGUGCAUUUACCAAGGGAACAAGGGCCGCGCGAUACGAGCUGGCCUUGUGCCACUAAUCAUGGGUCUGGUGACCAACCCUACAGGAGCUCUCAUGGACGAGGCUAUGGCGAUACUCUCGAUACUAUCCAGCCACCAAGAGGGCAAAGCAGCCAUUGGAGCUGCAGAGCCUGUUCCUGCGCUUGUGGACUUGAUCGGAAGCGGGUCACCGAGAAACAGAGAGAAUGCUGCGGCUGUGAUGCUGCAUCUGUGCUGUGGGGAGCAACAGCUCGUGCAUUUAGCCCGUGCACAUGAGUGCGGGAUCAUGGUCCCGUUGCGGGAGCUGGCACUGAAUGGCACCGAUAGAGGGAAGAGGAAAGCAGUUCAGCUGCUCGAGCGGAUGAGCAGAUUCCUGGUCCAACAACAAGAGGAACAUGAAUCCCAUUCCCGGCUGCAGGCGGCCUUGGUGCAGGUCCUCCCUGAGGCCCCUGUACAGGUCCAAGAAGGCGAGAUCCCCGAUCAGCUGGACAGUCCAGUGCCUCAAUACCCUGUCUUGUUAUGAUCAUGGCGAUCAGUGUUUACAAUGCCAGCGUUCCAUUACUAUAAUGCUAGCGAAAGUGGGAUAUUCGGCGCAUCAGAAUUCAUGCGUGCUGAAUUAUAUAAUAUGUAAGUAUGAUAAGCCAAGUGUCAGUGGAGAUCCUCCGAAAUGGAGGCUUCUUUGGCUGAAACUCCUUCCUGCCAGGUUUGUGGGCACGCGGAGUGCUAGUAUCCCAGACUUGAGAGAGAUAUGUACAGUUCCUGAAUUUGCAAUUUCAUAUAAUCAUGUAGCGACAAUGUGAUGCAAUAAUAACAAUGAGUAAUGUAAAAGAGGAGAACUGAUGAAGGAUUUACUCAGAACAAUGUCUUAUCUUCCUCUA